AUGAAACUUGCGGUGCUAGGAGCCACGGGCCGCACAGGGAUACUCGUUGUGAGGGAGGCGCUGGCGAGAGGCCACGAGGUCACCGCGGUGGUCAGAAAUCCAGACAAACUGACGGACAAACACGAUAACCUUCAGGUUGUAGCAGCGGACAUUUUCGACUCCAGCUCGAUGGUUCCCCAUUUCAAGGGUCGCGAUGCAGUUUUGUCCUGUCUAGGAUGUGGACCAAGCUUCUUAAGCAUGCGGAAGGUCACUUUCUUCACCGACUUGAUCCGGCCAAUGGUUGACGCCAUGAGAGAGGUCAAGGUCACCCGUCUCGUAUUCAUGUCGUCAUGGUACACCAAGUACAAUUCGGCAGACCCUUUCAUUGUCAACUGGGUCCUAAAGCCCCUACUUCUCGGCCAGAGUUUACAUAACAAAGCUGAAAUGGAAGACUUUCUUGAGACGGAUUGCCUGGAUAUCCGCUACACACUUGUCCGCCCGCCUCAGCUCACAGACAGCGAACCCACUGGUAAACCUGUGUUGUGCAUGGAAGGACAGAGCAUCAAGUCUGCAGAGAGGAAGCGGUUUACCUGUUGCCGGAAGGACGUCGCUAAGUUCAUGAUAGAUAUAACGGAGAAGGACGAACAUAUCCAAAAAUCUAUGGCUAUUGCUUCAGGAUGACGUCACAUGACAUUAAUACCAAUUUAUUUGAUGAUUCUGAUCUUUUAAUAUCUGUUAUAAAUAGUCUAACCCGUCUAGCUAUAAAUAUGGAGGGAACGGUUUUACAAUUUGCAUUGUGUGUAUCAUGAGUUAUCUUUAUCAUGCAAUGGUAUAUUAUGAUUUUCAUCAUGAUCAAUCAAAUCUUCACGUAUGUAUUUGUGCACGCUGAAAACGAUAUAAAU